CACGACAAUAAAGCAUGCUGUUCCAUCACGUGGCAAAGUGGCCUCUGCGCGUCGUCGCGACCGCGCCUUUCUCAAACCGUCACUUUACCAUCAACAGUUUCCAACCAACCACAUUUUUCUCGCGCACUUUUUCGAUGAGUUCCUCAGAAGGGGAGAAUUUCGACUUUGACGAUGCGUAUAGCGUUGAUUCUGAUGAUUAUGCCCCUGCUCCUAAGAACGGAAAGGGAGCAGCCAAACCCAAGGCCACUACCAAGGCCACGAAGGAGAAGACGGUCGCCACCAAACCAGCCACGAAGGCAAAGGUAGUAGGGAAAGCGAAGGCCGCUCCGAAGAAGAAGAAGGUUCUUGCAGAUCACGACGACAACGCAGAGGACAAGGGAGAGACUAGUGGAAUUAUGGAGAUCGAUGACGACGACGCACCUUCCGCAGACAUCCCUGCCGCUAAUAUGAAGAAAAAGACGGCAUCUGAGACGUACACGAAGCUCUCGCAAUUAGAGCACAUCCUCAAACGUCCUGACUCGUACAUCGGCAGCGUGGAAACUAUCACUCAGACUAUGUGGACCUUUGAUUCUGACACGAAGAGGAUGGUCUAUCGCGACGUGAAAUAUGUUCCCGGUUUCUUCAAGAUAGUGGAUGAAAUCCUGGUGAAUGCUGCAGAUAAUAAGAUCAACGACCCUAAGAUGGACACACUCAAAGUCGACAUCAACAUAGAAGAAUGCACAAUAUCUGUCUAUAAUAAUGGCAAGGGUAUCCCGAUCGAAAUUCACUCGAAGGAGAACAUGUAUAUUCCUGAGCUCAUCUUUGGUCAUCUUCUCUCAUCUUCCAACUACGAUGAUGACGAGAAAAAACUCACCGGUGGUCGUAACGGUUAUGGUGCAAAGCUGACCAACAUCUAUUCACUCGAGUUCACAAUCGAAACUGCAGACAAAAACACCCAGAAGAAAUACAAGCAAACGUGGACCAGCAACAUGACUAAUUGUGGCAAGCCUAAAAUUACAAACAAUGCGCGCGGCGAAGAGUGGACGCGUGUCAUUUUCAAGCCCGAUCUGAAGCGUUUCGGCAUGGAUAAGAUUGACGAAGAUACAGCUAGCCUGCUGCGCAAGCGUGUCUACGAUAUGGCCGGGACGGUUAAGGAUGUGAAAGUGUAUCUCAACAACGAAAAGCUGAAAAUCAAGGGCUUCAAGCAGUACGUCGAAAUGUAUCUCAACUCGGUCUCUGCGGAAGCGGCAGAGAACUCAGGAGGCGCAGUUCAACCCAAACAAACAAUCAUAUACGAGCAGUCCAAACGCUGGGAGUUCGCGUUCGCGGUCUCCGAGGGUACCUUCAUGCAUGUCUCCUUUGCCAACUCCAUCUCGACCACCAAAGGAGGCACACACGUCAACUACGUUGCCGACCAACUCGCGAAAAGUCUGAUAACUGCUAUCAGCAAGAAGAACAAAGGAGCUGCUGUCAAAGCAGCGCAGAUCAAGAAUUAUAUGUGGAUUUUUGUCAACUCACUGAUUGAGAAUCCGACAUUCGACAGUCAGACGAAAGAAACGCUCACUCUGCCCGCGUCUAAAUUUGGCACGAAACCCACUAUUACGGACGACUUUGUGAAGAAAGUUCAAAAGUCCCCGAUCGUUGAAAACAUCUUGAAUUGGGCAAAAUUUAAAGCCGACCAACAGAUCAAAAAGACUGAUGGUACCAAACGAAAUCGGUCUGUGUUAUCUUGCAAGUUACCCCUUCGCCUUCGUGGCCUAAUUUCCCACAGGUUGACCGGAUUGCCCAAGCUUUCCGAUGCCAAUAAUGCAGGAACGAAGUACGCGAAGGAUUGCACGUUAAUCCUCACUGAAGGAGAUUCCGCCAAAGCUCUUGCUGUAGCAGGUCUAGGUGUAGUCGGUCGCAACAAUUUCGGCGUUUUCCCGUUGAGGGGCAAACUUCUCAACGUCCGUGAAGCAAAAUUCGAACAAAUCAUGAAGAACGAAGAGAUUCAAAACGUCAAGAAGAUCAUGGGUCUGCAACACAAUAAAGAUUAUACGAACACAUCCAGUCUUCGCUACGGGCGUCUGAUGAUUAUGACAGAUCAGGAUCAUGACGGAUCUCAUAUCAAAGGAUUAAUUAUCAACUUCCUUGACCACUUUUAUCCUUCUUUGCUGAAGAUUCCCGAUUUUCUGGUAGAAUUUGUCACACCAAUUGUCAGGGUGACGAAAGGCAAUCAGAGGAAGGAUUUCUUUACAAUACCUGAAUUUGAGCAAUGGGUAGAAAACACCCCCGACUCUCACAAGUGGGUAGCUAAGUACUACAAGGGGUUGGGUACAUCUGACGACAAGGAUGGUCGUGAAUACUUCAGCAAUAUGGCAAAGCACAUGAUACCAUUCUCUCCCACUGUGGAAGGCGAUAGGGAACUCAUCGAACUAGCGUUCAGCAAGAAGAAAGCAGACGAAAGGAAAGAGUGGUUGCGACAGUUCAAGCCUGGAACCUACCUUGAUCACCGUCUGGAGGAAAUCCCAUAUUCCGAAUUCAUCAACAAGGAGCUGAUACUCUUUUCGAUGGCUGACAAUAUCCGGUCUAUACCCUCAGUUGCGGAUGGACUGAAGCCUGGCCAGAGGAAAGUCAUGUACGGCUGCUUCAAGAGAAAACUGAAGAAGGAAAUUAAGGUGAUGCAACUUGUGGGUUAUAUUGGUGAACAAGCCGCCUAUCAUCACGGAGAAAUGAGCUUGAUGUCAACCAUUGUCAACCUUGCUCAAGAAUUUGUUGGGAGUAACAACAUCAACCUUCUAAUGCCCAAUGGUCAGUAUGGUACCCGAGACCAAGGCGGGAAAGACCAUGCUUCUGGCAGGUAUAUCAACACCUUGCCUUCACCCCUUGCUCGCGUGAUAUUCCACCCAGACGAUGAUGUCCUUCUUACCCCUCAAAAGGACGACAACAAGUUGGUGGAGCCAGAAUGGUACAUGCCUGUGAUACCGAUGGUGUUGGUUAAUGGAGCUGAGGGAAUCGGAACUGGAUGGAGUACAAACAUUCCCUGCUUCAACCCUCGAGACAUUGUCAAGAAUUUGAAGCGUUUGAUGAAUGAUGAAGAGACGGUCACAAUGCAUCCUUGGUGGCGCGAUUUCAAGGGAGAGGUCAAAUACGUCGCAAAACACAAAUACGACGUCACUGGCAUAGUGACAAAACUCGAUGACACGACUGUUGAAAUCACCGAGCUUCCUAUCCAUAGGUGGACCCAGAAUUUCAAGGCUGAAUUGGAGGUUAUGAUGGUCGGGGAGAAGGGAAAUGAUGGGGUGAUCAAGAACUACCAGGAACAUCAUGCAAAUCAAGAUGUUCACUUUGUCAUUCAGAUGGAUCAGAAGGAAGUAAUCAAGGCCGAAGAGAAAGGGCUCAUCGAAUACUUCAAGCUCACCUCUAAAAUCACCACCUCUAACAUGAUCUGUUUCGACUUUGACGGAAAGAUUAGGAAGUACGAUUCUCCUGAGGAGAUUCUCGAGGAAUUUUAUCCCAAACGUCUUGAAUACUACCAAAAACGAAAGGACUUCCUUGCGUCAGAGCUUCAGAACGCUUUCGAAAAGCUUUCAAACCAAGCCCGAUUCGUUCAGAUGAUUGUGGACAAAAAGCUGACGGUGUCAGGACGAAAGAAGGCUGACAUUGUGGUCGAUCUCAGAAGUCAUAACUUUCGACCUUUCCCGAGAAAGAAAGUGAAGGUUACUGCAGAUCAGGAGGGCGACGAAGAAGCGGUCGAAGAGGAGGAAGAUGACGGUCCCAGUAGUGAUUUCGAUUACUUACUCGGCAUGCCGAUCUGGAACUUAACCCGGGAGAAAAUAGAGAAAUUACGACAGCAAGGCGCCGAAAAGGAGGCCGAUUUGAUUGCGGUCCUGAACAGGUCUCCCAAGGAUAUGUGGCGUAUCGAUUUAGACAACUUUUUGGACGUCCUUGAGAAAACAGAAGAGGAACGUAAAAUCAAAUCGAGCGCGGGAAUCAAAGGCGGAAAAAAGGGAAAACGCAAGGACGCCGUCUUGCAGACUCGGAAGUCUUUAGGAAGCAAGCGCAAUGACUCCGAUGACGACUUCAAGCCUAUCAAAGCACCCGUGAGGAGGAAAGCACCCGCACCCGCACUUGAAGGGACUGAGAAGAGCAAGAAGUCCCAGGCUAUGCCAAAACCUAAGGCAGGUACAUCGAAGAAGGCGAAGAAAGAAGAGGAGUCGGAUGUCGAUAUGUUCGUUCCGGAUGAUGAAGUGGUAGAGGUGAAGAAACCUCACAAGAGGGUGGCUAGGGCUGCAACCAAAACGAUCAAGAUUGACUCCGAUGACGACGACGAGAUUGAGAUGGUAAAGCCUGACAAUACCACAUCGUCGUCGACAUCCUCUACCAAAGACGAUGAAAUGGAUGUCAACGCAACCGAGAACAAAGGAAAAGGAAAAGCACCGCCCAAGCGUAAAUCACCCAACCCUGAUUUUGACGAGAAGGACGAAUCUGACGAUAUGAAGCCUGGGCCUGCAAAGAAGUCGAAAGUCACUGAUUUCUUCGGGAAAACGGGGUCGUCGUCGUCAUCCAACGUGAGAGAUAACAACGCGACGGCUGCAGAGCCGAAAGUGAACGCAAAGAAGACACUUGCGAGUAGUAUGAAGCCUCGUUCUCCACCGAAGCCCAAGAAGACCGUUACGAGAAUUAUUCAAUCUGACGAAGAAUCCGGGGAUGACCUGGAUAUGUACGACGACUUGCCCAAGCCACCUCCAAGAACCAGUUCUCGUGCUGCAAAAGGUGCUACGAAGAAGUAUAUCGACAUUUCGGACGACGUUGACGACGAUGAUGAUGAUGAGGGCAAUGGAUCAACCUUUUUCGACUGAACUACGAGUCUUGGAACUCACGGGAGCCCUUCCACAUUAUUAGUUUCUGUUUCCGUUGUAGACUUGCAGCCAACUUUACGACUCUCCUCUUGUUCCUUCAGUAUAUCUACACUUUAUUUCGAAUCGUGAUUCGUUAUUCAAUCUUCCCGAUGUAUCUCAUAAGUAUCGCUGUUUAAGACUAUAUUUGCAGGUCAACAGACUAUGUAAUGAUAAAUCGAUUACCCGUG